GUGGACAGCUCCAGUCUCACUGCUUGUGUCUGGGCUGAAGCGACUAGAAAUUGCAUCCAUCCACACAUCCAAGCAUUUGUCUCUGUCUUACUGUGGAUUGUGUGGACUCGUGCUGCUCCUACACUGUUUGAAGUGUCAGUUUUUCCCCCUCCCUAAAGAAGUGGAUCCUGCCUGCACUGAGUUCUUUUUGUCCUCCACUCACAUCGGAGCAUGGCUGCGCGUCUCCGUGACUGUUACUGAUGUGUGGGAUGUUCCUCCAUGCCGCGUGGAUCCUACUUUAGGAUCUAAAGAAGCGGUGUGAAGUUUGGGCUAUAGGCGAGACACAUCUGCAACAACAACGACGGCAGCGGCUGUGAGGCGGUGAGUGGUCCAGACGCAUUCAACAGCCAGGAUGAGGUGCCUGUGUGACUUUUUAAAUUUCACUUAAAGACAGAGGAGGAGCCUGACAUAUCUGCAGGAGCAGACCUUCUCAUCGGGCAUCUGCAGAAAGCCUCAUUUCAUACUCUUUCCCCACAUUAGUGUAAAACCAAGACAUCAGAAAUGAAGAAGUUUCGGAAGGUGUUGGACGGGUUGACCACCUCCUCUCCAAGUGGCGGGACGAUUGGAUCUCCGUCGUGUGGCAGCGCCGCCGGGACCCCCACCACAGCGCCUACCCCCAAAGAGAUCGACGUGCAGGAGACGCUGGUGUCGGAAAACUUUCAGCUGUGUAAGACAGUGCGCCAUGGAUUCCCUUACCAGCCCACUGCUUUGGCCUUUGACCCUGUGCAGAAGAUCCUGGCCAUCGGCUCCAGAUCAGGUGGUGUUCGGAUAUUGGGACGGCCCGGGGUUGACUGCUUUUGUCAGCACGAGAGCGGUGCAGCCAUUCUUCAACUUCAGUUCCUUAUCAAUGAGGGUGCAUUAGUCACAGCCUGCGCAGAUGACACGUUACACUUGUGGAAUCUUCGUCAGAGGCGACCGGCUAUCCUGCAUUCACUCAAGUUCAACAGAGAAAGGAUCACAUUUUGCCACCUUCCCUUUCAGAGUAAAUGGCUUUACGUGGGGACAGAGCGCGGGAACACACACAUCGUCAACAUCGAGUCCUUCAUUUUGUCUGGAUACGUCAUCAUGUGGAACAAAGCCAUCGAAUUAUCAACGAAAACACAUCCAGGACCUGUAGUUCAUUUGAGUGACAGCCCAAAGGAUGAAGGCAAGCUUCUUGUUGGGUUUGAGAGCGGGACAAUAGUUCAGUGGGACCUUAGGGCCAAAAAGGUCGAUUUCAGAAUCUACUAUGAUGAGGCCAUCCAUUCGGUCAGCUGGCAUCAUGAAGGAAAGCAGUUCAUGUGCAGUCACUCAGAUGGCAGCCUGACCCUGUGGAACCUCAGAAACACCUCCAAGCCCAUCCAGGUCACAUUCCCACAUGGUAAAAUACAGAAAGAUGGGAGGAAGGAAUCGUGUAAACCCAUACUGAAAGUGGAUUAUAAGACCUCAAGGAACAGCGAGCCUUUUGUCAUCUUCUCCGGAGGGCUUUCAUACGACAAGGCUGGACGACGGCCUACGUUAACCAUCAUGCACGGCAAGGCAAUUACAGUGCUCGAGAUGGACUAUCCUAUUGUCGAGUUCAUGACGCUUUGUGAGACUCCUUACAAUAACGAGGUGCAGGAUCCUUAUGCAGUGGUGGUGCUUUUAGAAAAGGAUUUAAUAGUGGUGGAUCUGACGCAGAGCAACUUCCCCGUCUUUGAGAACCCUUACCCCAUGGACAUCCAUGAGUCUCCAGUUACAUGCACAGCUUAUUUUGCAGACUGCCCUCCGGACAUCAUCCCUGUCCUUUACUCCAUAGGAGCCAAACACAAGAAAACCGGCUACAGUCAAAAGGAAUGGCCAGUUAGUGGGGGAAUGUGGACGUUAGGCUCUCACACCUACCCAGAGGUCAUCAUUACUGGACAUGCAGAUGGAUCAAUCAAAUUUUGGGAUGCAUCUGCAAUUACACUACAGAUGUUAUACAAGCUGAAGACCUCCAAGGUGUUUGAAAAGCCAAAACAAAAUGAGGGUCGUGCUGCAGAACUGGUGGACGAUGACCCCUUUGCGGUGCAGAUGGUCAGCUGGUGCCCCCAAAGUCGCAUCUUUUGUGUCGUUGGGAUCUCGGCACACAUCAUCCUCUACCGCUUCAGCAAAUAUGAUGCCAACACUCAGAUUGUGUCUCUCGAGGUGCGACUGCAAUGUGAUCCAGAGGAUGUCAUCUCUCCAUCGGAAAAUGAAAACAAUCCCUGCUUCUCAGAGCCCCACUCAGGCUCCCACUCUCCUCAGCCCCACCACCAACACCCAGCAAGCCCCGGCGGCGGAACACCCGAGUCUUUCAAAGACUAUACCCCCUGCCUUAAGGUAAAGGAUCGGGCGGUGCGGGUACCUCCUGGCUACCAGGCAGAGCUAGUGAUCCAGCUGCCUUGGAUGGACGGAGAACCUCCACAGCAAAUAUCAAGCCUGGACAUAAACUCCGCCUAUGGCCUUUUGGCAUUCGGGAACUGUAAUGGCCUUGCGGUGGUCGACUACCUGCAGAAAACCAUCCUGCUGUGCAUGUCCACUCUGGAUUUGUACGGUGCCGCUGAUCCCUAUCAACGCCUUACCCGCUCCCCACGCAGGAACAGACAGUCCACCUCAGAGUUUUGCAUGCGCGGCCUGUCUAACUUUUAUUCCGAUUCAAAGAAAAGGAUCCGUACAUCCUACCAGAGCCUUACUGAACUAUCUGACAACCAGCAGUCUGUUGACACGGAGAGAAGCAAGUCGCCCACCUCAGUUCAUUACCCAACCUCCCUUCACAAUGACCCACGCGUCCUGCCAGAGCCUGUGGCCAGUUUGAGAGCCAGCCACUGCAGCCCAGUCUUUUACUUAUUGGACAAUGUAAAGGGACCCGGCAGAAAGUUAAGUCUGCCAACAGAUCUUAAGACCAAUCUUGGUACGGUAGGCGAAAGCCAGCAGUUCUCACAUCAUGUCAAUGGACAUUGCACUAGCCCCACCUCCCAGCCCUGCUCGGCGGGAAAGCCUCGCGUCCCGAUGGGUCCCGAGGGGCCACGGCUUGCUCGCAGAGGCCCUGGCCGACCGCCAUUCCGCAAGGCCCAGUCUGCUGCUUGCAUGGAGAUCUCUUUGCCUGUGUCCCACACUGAAGGUUUUGCAUCCAGGAGGGCAAUGCUCCAGCAGUUACAUGGAGUCACAAUGUACUCUCACGACGAACACCACACCACCACUUCCUACUGCUGGAGUGACAGAGAGAGCCGCGAAAACUCCUUCAGCCGCUCGCGUAGCUCCAGUGUCUCCAGCAUUGAUCGUGACACCAAAGAGGCAAUCACCACACUGCAGUUUGGGGAGUCUUUCGGGCGAAAGAGUGACACUUUGCCAACUCCAUGUCUGUGGGUUGGUACCAGCCUUGGCGUGAUCCUACUCAUCCCAAUGUCCAUCCCCACGGACCUGGAGGAAAGGAUGGAGGAACCGGUCACCAUUGGUCCCUGUGGGGCAGUUCUGAUGCUAAAGGGUUCUGUGUUGCGCUUUGGCUUCUUGGACUGCAUGGGCGCACUCAUUCCAAACCCCUACGAGGUUUGGCGUGAUCUCAAUGCACCAGAAGACCCCGACCGACCAAGAAAGCGCAAGCUGGUGCACUACUCACCCUCAUCCUCCCAGGACACCUGCGGAGAGGGACAUCUGGCUAUCGUGUGCUCCGAGAGGCAGGCCAAAGUGUUCUUGAUGCCCUCACAGUCUUGCCUCUUCGUCCACAACAUCACAGAGUCAUCCUUCGUUCUGCGGGCUGACGUGGUGUCGGUGUGUAACAGUGUGUGCCUCGCCUGCUUCUGUGCCAAUGGACAUGUCAUGACGCUCAGUUUGCCCAGUCUAAGACCCCUGAUGGAUGUUAAUUACCUGCCUCUGACGGACAUGCGCAUUGCGAGAACCUUUUGCUUCACUAACGGGGGACAGGCACUUUAUCUCAGUUCCCCGACAGAGAUCCAGAGAAUUACAUACAGUCAAGAAAUGUAUGACAAUCUGCAGGAAAUGCUCGGAGAGCUGUUUACACCAACAGAAACACCAGAAGCCCAGAAUAGAGGCUUCCUGAAGGGCUUCUUCGGGGGAAAUGCUCACACAUUCGACAGGGAGGAGCUCUUUGGUGAGGCAGCUGCGGGUAAGGCAUCUCGGAGUUUGGCCCAACACAUCCCUGGUCAGGGAGGGGUGGAGGGCAUGAAGGUGGCAGCUAGUGGGGCAGUGGGUGAGAUCGCCAGGGCCCGAAUUGCUCUGGAUGAAAGAGGACAGAGACUCGGUGAGCUGGAAGAGAGAACUGCCCUCAUGAUGACCAGUGCAGAAAGUUUCUCCAAGCAUGCUCAUGAGCUCAUGUUAAAGUGCAAGGACAAGAAGUGGUACCAGUUCUAGUUAACGGGAGCCAAGUGAGGCCGACUGAUGGAUUUCUGAGGGCGCUGUGCCAAGGGCAGGAAUUUUAACUCAGCGGAUGAGAGCAAAUAAAAGACAGGCUGAAAGACUUUCUCUUUAUGGCUUCUGAGCCAAGUGUGCAACAUCGUCACACAGUAAGGGGACAGGAGAGAUCCUCAUUUGAUCAUUUGCUAAAAAAGUUGGGGAGAAAAAGAAUGGUAGCAUUUAGAGGACCGGAUGUGUGCGCGCGUACCUAAUGCGUGGGUGUGUGUGUGUGUGUGUGUGAGUGUGUGUGUGUGUGUGUGUGUGUGUGUCCUGGCUAUGCUUGGAAGUCACUGUGUAGAUACUCAACCAUUAAGGAAUCAACAUGACAUGCAUGAAACAAAAAAGGAAUGACUAUCAAAAUAUCAAACUGCCAUAUUAAAAAGCAGCAUGCUUACUUUAAUGCUACUUUGACAGGAGAUUCAAUUAUUAUUUUUUAUUUAUUAAUAUAGCCAACUACGGAAACUAUGAAAAACAUUCUAUUUUUUGAAAUAUUGACGAAAAAAAUCUAUACAUAAAAAAACAGAAAUGUAUACCUGCAUCGCUAAUAAGCCAAAACUUGUGUUCUUUUUCCCUUUCCUCGGUUUCCUUUUGACAUUUUUUCUGCAAAUAUUUCUUGACACACUUCAAAUGCACAUAGUUAGCUCUCUCUUCACAUACUAAAAUAUAAUAGUAAAGCUUUGUUGAUACCAGGUACUCUUGGCUGCAUCAUAGUGCAACCAUAGACGGAUUUUGCUAUGAACCGCACCGUUUAAUCAAGUUUACGUUUGGGCUGCUGCGACUUUCCAAUACAAGAAUUGUUGAGGCUAUAUUCCCCUCUCCAACUACCAUUCAGAAUUCAGGAUUCAGAAAAGAAUAAUUUGACAUGUAUGCAAAGGCUUGGGCAACACACCGUAUGUUAAUAUAAACUCACGUGCCAUAAGGAAGACGAGUGCAAUUUGUGUGAAGUUACAAAGAGCUAGUGAGUAGUGGUGGUCAUAUGCCUCCGGUUACACUCAGACGAGAUAUUGACGGAUGUUAAAAGGGCAUUUAAUGAGGUCAAAAAUAUGUUGUUUUCCAAAUAACACUUGUGAUUUUAUGCUGUGUGGGUCAUUCUUUGCGAGAUGUGCUGGUUUUGUGGAAAAUUAUGAUGUGUGUAUGUGGAAGAAUGAGUGCCACAUGUUAAAAACAAAAUACUGAUAAACAUGACAAUACAAUACGCUCAGUCUCUGCCAAAGCAAUUAAAAGGAACUGCCACCCUCUCAUAUCUCUGCAAUCCAGUUGUUACAAGUUGUGACUUGUGUAUUUUCAGGAUUCUAAUGGACCUGCGUGUUCAUAACAGUGAUUGUUGCUGUUUGUGUGACGGCAGCGCAAAGAGGAGUUGGCUUCAUCAUCCAUUCAACCAACUUCCUUGUGAGUCGUUUAUCAGUAAAUGGUUCAGAAAAAAUAAAUAAAUAAACAGUAUUUUUCCAGUACUAUUCAGAUGUGAGUCAGUGAAGAUGUUCAUGUGUAAAACAGCAGCAAUUUCAACUAAAGGCAACUGUGUUACUUUAUUUCAUUCAAUAUUGUUCUUGAUGAUUAUGGUAUCCUCUUGUCGAAAGUCCUAUAUUUGAUGGUGACGGCCUCUCAAAUGGAAGGCCCUUGUAUGUUAAAAACAGCAAUUGUUUCAUGAUACAUGGUGGUGUAUCAUAUUGUGAUUGUGUUGUACAUGUCAAUGCUACGCGACAGAGGCCAACGACAUCGAGUGAAGAGGAUUUUUUUUGUACCUGUGUCUUUGUAUUUUAAAAUGAUCUGAAAAAAAAAUCUCUUACACAUCAGGCCUUUAUGCACACAAGCAUUGACACAAAUUAAUCACUGCGCCUUGUUUAUGUUGAUCGCGCACCUGCAUCGCGGUACACCAACAUACACAUGCAAAGUACAGUGAAACAUAACCGCAGUGAUGUCUCCUUGCAUUGUUAGAUAUUUAGACCUGCUUGUCAGGCUACCGAAACUCAUUAUUUUCACCCAUACACUUCAAUAGAUGAGACACGCACAUUUUCUGAUUGACAUUUAUUUUGACUCAGUGAGACAUAUUGAACUUGUCAAAAAUGGUUCUCUGUACCUUCAAUUAAGUUUAUUUUCGACACAGUCUGAAUGGAAUUAAAAAAGGUAUCAAGAAAAAAAGUGACCUCAGUUGACAGGGUGUUUUUGUUUUCUUUGUUUUUAUAUAUUAACUGUACUUUUCAAUGUUGGGUGAUACAAGCAAAAAUGUGAUACAGAUGGGGUAUUUUUCUCUAUAUAUGUUGUACCUGUCACUGCUGGUACUCCGUUUCUGUCUAAACCAUUGAAACGUUGUUGUUCUUCACACAGUAAUAUACCCUUGGGGGGAAAAAACAUUCUCAAGUUUUCUGGAUUAUGGCAGCAAAGUUUGUCUUCUUUAAAUGGAUUCUACCAAUUUUUCUUCUUAAUAUUAUACUAGUGUAAUAGAGAUUACUUGACGAAAAGAGCUGAACAUAUGUUGAUGCAGAAGCAAACUGACAAUAAACAUGGAUUGAUGUACA